UUUAAACAACUCUGUGUUCACACUGUGAUCAGACUUUAAAUGUACCUGUGACUUUAAAUCGGUUCCUUAUAACGAUCUGCAUAGCUUCUAUAACUGGCUGACAGAGAUUAUAUGCGCACUUCUGAUUGGCUGCUUGGAAACAUUUGCUCGCUUCUGAUUGGUUAGUUGAAAGCGGUCACUUUUGUUACUUCCCCAUUUUCAAGUGUCAUUCAGAUCAUGAGACUGCCGCGGUUGAGUUUUCCUGCACGUCCAGACCACAAAGUACUCUUUCAAAUCUAAAUCCUCAUCCACUGGUUAAACAGGUACGAGAUGAAUCCAUUUCUUCAUGAGGUGCCGCUUUUCUUAAACCUGAUCAGCCUCAUUUCAGGACUGCACUUUUCAACACCGCCUCUUUCCCGGGUGCCUUUCCUAACUGUGUGGAACGCUCCUACCACCAACUGUCUCUCUAAAUUUGGCGUGGACCUCGACUUGGGCACGUUCAACAUUGCCCAGAACAAGAACCAGACCUUUAUGGGUGAAAACAUAACCAUCUUUUACUCUGAAAAGCUUGGUCUGUAUCCCAGGUACACCGGUCAAGGAGUCGCUAUCAAUGGCGGGGUGCCGCAGAACGCCAGUCUUGAUGAACAUCUCAGAGUGGCCUCUCAAAAUAUCCGCACCUUGAUCCCUGACAAUGAUUUUCAGGGUCUGGCAGUGGUGGACUGGGAGAGCUGGAGACCUGCAUGGGAGAGAAACUGGGACAGUAAGCAGGUGUACCAGUUGGAAUCGAAAGCACUGGUGAGGUCCAAGCAUCCAGACUGGAGCCCUCCACAGGUAGACGCUGCAGCUCAGUUGGAGUUUGAGAGCGGUGGGAGGAAGUUCAUGGAGGAAACACUGAAACUCGCUCAGCAAGAGAGACCAAAUGGGCUGUGGGGUUAUUAUGGUUUCCCCAGCUGCUACAACUACUUCAACGAAAAACAAAGCAAAAACUACACGGGGGAGUGCCCUCCUGUGGAGUUGAAGAGGAACAACGAGCUGUUGUGGUUGUGGAACGUGUCCUCUGCUCUUUUUCCUGACAUCUACCUGAGCCUCGAGAUGCGACACCUCGACAGAGAAGCGCUCCUCUACACCCACCACCGCAUCAUGGAGGCCAUGAGACAUCCAUCAACAUCGGCCGUCUUCCCGUACGCUCGCAUCGUUUACACGUACACGUUAGAUUUCCUCUCUCAGGAGCACCUGGUCUACACCAUCGGAGAGAGCGCUGCUUUAGGAUCUGCCGGGGUGGUGCUUUGGGGCGACAUUGCCUUCGCCAAGUCUGAGGCCUCUUGUAAUACUAUAAAAUCCUACAUCGACGAGACUAUGGGUCCUUACCUGGUGAACGUGACAGCGGCGGCCAUCCUUUGCAGCCAGACCAUUUGUUCCUCUCACGGAAGAUGCCAGCGGAAGAACCCCACCUCAAGGGCCUACCUCCACCUGGACCCUGCCGAGUGGAAGGUGGUGCCCAAGAAGCAGACGGCAAAGAGACGGCAGAACUACAAUGUUUUAGGACAGAUGACAACACACGGGGUAAAGUUCAUGAUGUCUGAGUUUCUGUGCAGGUGUUUCCCGGGGUGGAGCGGUGAGAGCUGCUCCCAACCAAUUCAUGGAUAAAAGACUUGUCAUGAGGGAGAAUUAAGGGUUUUCUUAACUCAAAUCUUUUUAUGUUUCUUUGCUUUAAAUGGGAAAUAAUUUAGAUUAAAUCCCCAUUAAACAAUGUAAGCAUACUAAUAACAUAAUACUAUAAACGGGUAAAGAAUGUUGUUUAAUUGCAUAAAAUGUGUCCAGAUCUCAGCUUAAAGACUGUCUGAAAUUUCACUCUCAGUCCACUCAACAUGUUGCUUAUUGUUUACUAUGAUGUUUGAGCUUCACUGUGCAGAAUUAUGUGUGUGCAGGGUUUGACACUCAAAGACACUGAAGAAGUGUGUCUGCUCAACUUAAAUCUGAGUUGAAUUUGUGUACAUAGAGCAAACUCUCACAAGUCUCUACAUCUUGUAGAGGCUGUUCUGACUAUAUCUUGAAUAAAAACAGAUAAGCACUUCAGUGGCACUUGAAUGGCACUUACUUAUGGUAUCAAGUAUGGUAUCACUUAUGGUAGCACUUAUGGUAUCACUUAUGGUAUCAAGUAUGGUAUCACUUAUGGUAGCACUUAUGGUAUCACUUAUGGUAGCACUUAUGGUAUCAAGUAUGGUAUCACUUAUGGUAGCACUUAUGGUAUCAAGUAUGGUAUCACUUAUGGUAUCAAGUAUGGUAUCACUUAUGGUAUUACUUAUGGUAUCACUUAUGGUAUCACUUAUGGUAUCACUUAUGGUAUCACUUAUGGUAUUACUUAUGGUAUUACUUAUGGUAUCACUUAUGGUAUCAAGUAUGGUAUCACUUAUGGUAUCACUUAUGGUAUUACUUAUGGUAUUACUUAUGGUAUCACUUAUGGUAUCACUUAUGGUAUCACUUAUGGUAUCACUUAUGGUAUUACUUAUGGUAUUACUUAUGGUAUCACUUAUGGUAUCAAGUAUGGUAUCACUUAUGGUAUUACUUAUGGUAUUACUUAUGGUAUCAAGUAUGGUAUCACUUAUGGUAUUACUUAUGGUAUCACUUAUGGUAUCACUUAUGGUAUCACUUAUGGUAUUACUUAUGGUAUCACUUAUGGUAUCACUUAUGGUAUCAAGUAUGGUAUCACUUAUGGUAUCACUUAUGGUAUCACUUAUGGUAUCAAUUAUGGUAAUACUUAUGGUAUCACUUAUGGUAGCACUUAUGGUAUCACUUAUGGUAUCAAGUAUGGUAUCACUUAUGGUAUUACUUAUGGUUUUACUUAUGGUAUUACUUAUGGUAUUACUUAUGGUAUUACUUAUGGUAUCACUUAUGUUAUCAAGUAUGGUAUCACUUAUGGUAUCAAGUAUGGUAUCACUUAUGGUAUUACUUAUGGUAUCACUUAUGGUAUUACUUAUGGUAUUACUUAUGGUAUCACUUAUGGUAUCAAGUAUGGUAUCACUUAUGGUAUCAAUUAUGGUAAUACUUAUGGUAUCACUUAUGGUAGCACUUAUGGUAUCACUUAUGGUAUCAAGUAUGGUAUCACUUAUGGUAUUACUUAUGGUUUUACUUAUGGUAUUACUUAUGGUAUUACUUAUGGUAUCACUUAUGUUAUCAAGUAUGGUAUCACUUAUGGUAUCAAGUAUGGUAUCACUUAUGGUAUCACUUAUGGUAUUACUUAUGGUAUUUUUGUAGUUAUGCUACUUUCUUGAUUCUUGUUGUUCUGAGUUUGUACUCAUGGUUGAUGCACUUAUUGUAAAUCGCUUUGGAUAGAAGCGUCUGCUAAAUGACAUGUAAUGUAAUGUAAUGUAGUUUAACAACAACCACACUACACAAACGUCGAAGCUGCUACACAAGUCAGUCUUUUUCUUUUGACUUUAAGUAUAUACUGCAGCUGCCCUUACAAAGUGCCUAUACUGUUGUGUGUAGUUUGCAAUUAUUUGGGACGUACUUCUUCCUCAUGACAUGACACCCUGUACUUUGACCUCUUGCUUAAAUAUGUACUGCACAAAGGAUUGUGGCCACAACGGCUUCCUGGCUUGCAAAAUGCAACCGGAUGGAGACAGACAUCCUGGUGUUUCGGUCACAGGGCAUUGGAAAUACUAUGUAUUGGGACAUUGGGGCAUUGGGACAUAAAACAUCCUGGUCACAGGGCAUUGGAAAUACUAUGUAUUGGGACAUUGGGACAUAUAACAUAUUUUUUGUUGUGGGAGACAUUGUGGUGGAAGAUGUUCUAUGUCAAUCGGGAAAGGAGAAAUAAAGUCUCUGAAAUCAAA